CACGUUGAGGGGGAGUAGCCAAGACCAAGCAGCAAAAACAUCAUAGCGCAUUCCUGGGUAGUCCUCAGCUGCCAGCAUCUGAUUAAAACCAUAUCGCUCGCUGUGAGUGGCUAACUAAUCUGAAGGCGAUAGUGCAACAGAAUAUUUAACCGGGCCCGCGGUCCCAGUCAGGCUACCGGCUGCGGUCACUGGAUCAUGCUCGGAGCGGCACGGAUCUAACCCAAAACAUAACUGGCCACCAUUUCAUCAUGUCUACUGAAGCUGAAACAACUACCACCACGACCACCAACAGCCAGCCUGAACAACAGGUUCCACCAAAAGCACAAUCCUCAAAGAAGGAAAAAAAGAAAGGGCCGGAAAAGACAGAUGAAUCUCUCUUGGCUAGAUUCAAAGGUGAUGGUGUAAGAUACAAAGCUAAACUGAUUGGCAUUGAUGAUGUCCCAGAAGCAAGAGGAGACAAAAUGAGUCAGGAUUCAAUGAUGAAACUGAAGGGAAUGGCAGUGGCAGCCCGUUCCCAGGGUCAACACAAACAGAAGAUCUGGGUAAACAUCUCCCUCUCUGGUAUCAAGAUAAUAGAUGAGAAAACUGGGGUUAUAGAGCAUGAGCAUCCAGUAAACAAAAUCUCCUUUAUUGCUCGGGAUGUAACAGACAAUCGUGCCUUUGGUUAUAUAUGUGGAGGGGAAGGCCAGCACCAAUUUUUUGCCAUAAAAACGGCACAACAGGCUGAGCCUCUAGUUGUUGAUCUUAAGGAUCUCUUCCAACUAAUAUAUAAUAUGAAGAAGAAAGAAGAAGAAAAUAAAAAGAGUGAAGAAGCAAGUAAGACUGAGAACGGUGGUGAAGCUGAUCAAACUGAAAAAAUGAAACUGGUAGUUGACCAGAUGGACUUGUUUGGGGAUAUGUCAACACCUCCUGAUAUGAGCAGUCCCACAGAAGCUAAAGAGAUUCUGUUAGUGGAUCUUAAUUCUGAAAUUGAGACCAAACAAACUUUUGCAAAAGAGGAUCUCUUCUUGAAUGGCAUCACAGCCUCUCUUCCACAACCAAAGGCACAGCCACCCCUCUUGCCUGAGAGUUCUUUCUCUGCCAAUCUCAGCUUCUUUCCCACACCUAAUCCAGACCCUUUCAGUGAUGAUCCUUUCACGCAGCCAGACCAAUCUGCACCGCCUUCGUUUGAUUCUCUAACACCUGAUCAGAAGAAGGAAAAUCUGAGUCCCUUGGCAUCGGUGGGUAAUGGUGCUUCAAAUGGUAAUGCUGACUACUUUGGUAAACAGUUUGACCAGAUUUCUAAUAGAACUGGCAAACGAGAAGCACUAACAAGCCAGUGGCCGCUUGAGAAUAAGUCUCCUGCAGCAAGAACUCCAGAUGAGGUACCAGAGAGAGAACCAGACUUUCUUAAAGUCCCACCAAACCAGUUUGUGAACUGUCCUUCUGAAAGAUUAUCUCUGCAGAAUGGAGUAAAGCUGGAUUCUGAAAACAAUAUCCAUUUCAUGACACAUGAGUCUAUAACAAUUAGCCCACCACCACAGAGUACCAAACCGGGAAGAGGAAGGAGGUCUGUUAAGACUGCACCGAAUGACUUAUUCAGCUCAGACUUCUUUUUGCCAACUACAGAGAGGCUUAGCUUGAGCUCAAUGCCACAAACAGGACCUGCAUUAACUAAUUCACUGGAUGUCUUCACAGCACAUUCAUUGACUUCUCUAGGUGGCUUGCCAGUAAGUUCAUCACCAUGGACUACACAGACACCUUCCUUCACUCAGACUACAUCAUCAGUCUUUCCUGGGUCUAUGAUAAGUGCUCAGUCUACAGGAUUUACUCAACCACUUGCCUUCAAUACUCAAGCAGUCUCAGGCUGGAACCAAGCUGCAUCUUUUGGUCCAGCAGCCAAUCAAUCUUCUGGUCUCUGGCCACAGCCAACACAAAUCCCAUCUAUUCCUUGGUCACAGCCAUCCAGUGCUGCAAAUCCCUUCCAGAGCAGUAUGUUCACAUUUUCAACGCUACCUGCUCCACCACCAUCUGUACGGCCCUCCCUGUCAACAACAACCAGCCCACCUCAGCCACCACCCAGAACUCCACCACUGAAGGAGCCAUCCAAGAAAGACAGUGAUGCUUUCAUUGGUCUGGAUCCACUUGGAGAUAAAGAGAUGAAGGAUAUCAAGGAAAUGUUCAAAGACUUCCAGCUGACAAAGCCACCUGCAGUACCAGCAAGGAGAGGAGAGCAGCAAAGCCUUUCAGGUGCUUCUGGAGCUUUCAGCAAUUACUUUAGUUGUAAAAACCACCAAAGCCUGUUCCUCGACGAAGUGUGCUGCUGGCUGAUGGUCUGUUUGAAAGUCAAGCUAAAAGAGAUCUUUUCAGCCCCUCAUCUGAAUCUCAGAAAAUAAAUUCUGAUCCUUUUGGUGAUAAUUUUGGCAACCCGUUUGCAUAGGUCAGGUGUAACCAGAAAAGGACAAAUGGAAUAACUGGACCUCUUCUCAACAUGAUUUUUCUACGUUUUUCACUUUACUGUCUGUCACUCUUGCUGCUGUUCCACGAUGUCUGCAAUCUAAAGCAUAUCCAGGGGGAUUGAAGCAUGAACACUCAAAGAACAUGCUGUGAAGAUGAUAAUUCAGGGCAAAGCAAAUGGGGAUAUUGACUCACGCUGGAAACCCAAAUUCAUAUUGGUGGAUGUUAACUUUACUUUAGUUCUUUGCAAUCUUCUGUAGAAGAGCUUAACAGCACUAAGUCGUGUCUUGUAAAUAUGAUCACCAUUUUUCUUUUAUGUAGCACUUACUGUCCCAAAAUAUAGGAACUUAAUGUACCUGGGGAAGAGGUGUUACCUUCACCUAAGUGUACUGAAUUAGUAGCUAAAACUCCACACCUUAAACAGCUAGGUCUGUUGCCUGUUAUCACAGCAGCACCCAGCUGUAACGUUAAGUGGAUGCUACUCAGUUCUAAUUGGUGACUGGGCACAUUACUUGGUCUCUGAGCCACAAAAAUUUAACUGUAUGUAGAGGAAAAGAGUCUAAUACUAGUCUAUUUCACUAAAAGUAAAAUUAUCAUUCUGCCAUAAAUGUUUAAUAAAGGGACUGCGGGGUCUGUAACAGCACUGCUGAAGCCCUGAGUACUAGAGGCCUACACUGUAGAUUCAGAUAAGCAGAAAAACUUCUUCUUGCAGAACUUUGAGCUAGUUGUGGACACUAACAGUUAUCUUGGUGCUAAUAUGGCAUUUUUCAGGGAGGGAAAUCUACUAAGAUUACUUUAUUAUUAAGGUGGCUUGGCAGACAAAUGGAACAAGCAGGUAGGCUUCUUGCUUAUGUUUCAGUAAAUGUUGCUGAUGUCGCUCAGUUUGAGUUGUCGCAUGGUGUAGUGUAGCAUGUUUCCAUUAUGUUAGAAAGCAAAAAGACAAUAAUGGCUUCACUCCAUGCCUAGACUCCUUGAGAACAGGUGCACCACCUCUUGCCAUUAAUGUGAGGUAAUACUCUUGAAAAACAUGUCUUUCCUCAAGAACCUCUUUACUUACAGAUUUAAAUCAGUUAGUUACAACUGACUGUAACAGUUACAUUCUUGGCCAGUGGUGAUGACUGAUGUGUCAGAGGAUUUUCUGUUAAUACAAAGUAUAAACUUGAAAUGGUAUUGUUAAAUCAAAUGCCUAAGCAGUUGCUGAACUGCAGAGCUAAGAAAGUCAACUUGAAUACAGCCUUAGUACCCAAUUCAGCCAUUCUCCUAAUUAGUCUUGUAUAUAAACCUCUCUUGCACUUUCAGCAAAUGCAAAAAAAAAAAAAAAAAAAAAAAGGCACAAAUUUAAGAAUUUGUCUCAAACUGGAAACGUAGAAACUUAUGGAUGUUACAUCGUUAUACAAAACUGUAGUAUCUCAAGUGAUGUUACCUAAUGACAUUAAACAGAAGCAACUCUUCAUACCAAA